CCCCCCCUUUGCCACUCCGCCCCCCUUCCCCUCCACCACCGGCGCCUCCCGACCUGUAGCCCCGGCCGGCCCCAUGUCUGUCGCCCCUUUGCCGGAGUCCUUCUCCAGCCUCAUUCGGGGCCUCGCCCUUCGAGCGGAGGACAGCGAGUUCCUUCUGGCCACCAAUGCCUAUCUGGCAUCGGUGUUCGGCCUUUCAGCCUCGGAUCUAGCGACUGUUGUGCUGCGCUUUCUGGCGGAUCUUCAGCGCGGCCUGCCCGCCCCGGGGACCCUUCGUCCGGAGGAUGGGGUGACCCCGGACCAUCCGGGCUUCUUGAAGAUGCUUCCCUCGCAUGUGACGCGCUUGCCUGAUGGGUCCGAGCGGGGCCACUGCCUGGCGCUGGACCUGGGUGGGACGAAUUUCCGCGUGGUGGGGACCCACCUUUUGGGCGAAGGCCGCGCCGAGACCGUUUCCGAGCGGUACACCAUCCCCGGUUACGCCAAGGAUGGUAACGCCCAGGAUCUGUUCGGCUUCAUUGCCGCCAGCAUCGCUGGGUUUUUGAAGCUCCAUCCGGAGUAUCUUCCCGAGCCGGGACAGGGCCCCGCACCACUGGCCUUCACCUUCUCCUUCCCCACCCAGCAGGAUGGCCUUUCCUCCGCGCGGUUGACCAAUUGGACCAAGGGCUUCUCCACGCAGGGCGUCAUCGGCGAGGAUGUGGGCGCCUUGCUGAAUACGGCGCUGGAGGCUCUGGAUGUUCCCUACCGCGUGACGGCCAUCAUCAACGAUACAGUUGGCACGUUGAUUUCGUUCGCCUAUUCGGUGGGACCGGAUCAGGGGAACCUGGUGAGCGGGGUAAUCCUCGGGACCGGCGCCAAUGCGGCCUACAUGGAGCGCGUGGAGUUGGUCGGUAAACUCCACGACAAGGUCGAUCUUCCAACGACCGCCGUGACUCGUGCGGACUCGAUGGUCCUCAAUAUCGAAUGGGGCACAUUCGGAUCCAUGCCGCUGGCCCCGGAGGAGGCAAACCGCCGGGCCGGUCUCGCCGAGCGGCUGCUCUCCUUCCGCCAACCAGCCACUGAGCCAGACGCCGAUGUCCCGGAUGAGCCGCCAAGCACGCCAAUGGCCCUGCCCUUCACGCCGUAUGACGACCUGCUAGACAUGGGAUCUGUGCACCCGGGCCGGCAGCGCUUUGAGAAGUGCAUCGCCGGGUUGUAUCUCGGCGAGUUGGCCCUGCUGACUCUUCGGCACCUUGCGGCGCGCGGCGUGCCCGGCACCUCUCACCCGCGAGUGCUCUUUGGCCAGCUCACGCGCGACUUGCCGACAUCGGACGAUGUUCAGGCGUUCUUGGAUGCGGCUGGCCGGUGGUCUGGCGAGACGUUGGCCCGUUGUGAAGAGCUCUUCUUGCGAUUGGCAAUGGCCCUGCGUGGGGAUGAUAAGGUGUCCCGGAAGACGCUGGAGCCUGCUGCUCGGGACCUCCUGACCGAGCUGGCCGCCCUGCUCGGUGUCCGUUUGCCGUCGUCUCCUGAAAAUCCCCUGGAUGACUAUCUGGUCGAGCUGCUGGUCCUCGGCAUGACCGCAUCGUAUGUGUCAGCCCGCGCUGCUCGCCUAGCGGCAGCCGGGAUCGCGGCUAUCGGCUUGCAGACGGGCCUCCUUGGCUCGGAGCCAUUGGCCCGUGUCGUGUCGUUGGCCCGGUCGGAGACCAGCCGGCUUCUCGCGCCCCUGACAGUGGCCGAGCUGGGCGCCCUGAAGGUGGCAGGCCAGCCGCUCGAUCCGGAGAUGCUCCUUGGCACCUCGCCCACUGAGACGGAGAUCGCAGCCGGCCCCGGUGGCCAGGGCCAGCCCCCGGAGGAGGUGGCAUUUGGCCUGUGCGACGCGGGCCCGCCGGGCGAUGCCGCAGUUGAGGUUCCGGCGGCUGAGCGCCUGCUGUUCGGCAUCGACGGAUCGGUUUUCGAGUUCUAUCCGCACUUCCCUGGGCGCAUGCAUCGGGCUCUGACGGAUCUGUUCGGACCGCGCGUCGGCGGGCGCUUCUCGCUCCAGCACGCGAAGGAUGGGUCCAGCGUUGGGGCAGCCCUGGCAGCUAACUAAUGGACGCAUGUGGUCGUCCAGCAUCUGCCAAAGGCAUCGAAUGUCUCUCGCCCCCCCCCCCCC